AUGGCAGGUCCCUCCAGACCUGGCCUUCCCGCCAGCAGGAUGAACUCCAUGCGCCCGCCCACCGCGCGCAGCCUACAAAGCCUCCGCGCUCAAGCCGGCACACCAUCUGGUCGUGCAUCGCCCGCCGAGUCCAUCGCAUCCGUCGCAACAAACGCUACCCGUGCCAGGUCGCCCGAGUCGCGUAAGCGCAAGGACCGCGACUUCGAUUCGAGAGUAGAUACCAACAUCAAUGUCGUUGUGCGCUGCAGAGGGCGCAAUGACAGAGAGAUUCGUGAAAACAGUGGCGUCGUCGUUUCCACAGAUGGAGUCAAGGGUCACAACGUCGAGCUCUCCAUGGGCGCUAGUGCCCUGAGCAAUAAGACCUAUAGCUUCGACAAGGUCUUCUCACCAGCUGCUGACCAGCAGAUGGUUUUUGACGAAGUUGUUGCGCCCAUUUUGGACGAUGUUUUGAACGGCUUCAAUUGCACAAUAUUCGCCUAUGGUCAGACGGGUACUGGAAAGACGUACACCAUGUCCGGAGACAUCACCGAUACGCUGCCACUACCCGACGCCGCUGGUAUCGUUCCCCGUGUUCUACACACCUUGUUCGAGAAACUUGAGAGCGCAGAAUGCGAGAAUUCUGUCAAAUGCUCUUUCAUUGAGCUUUACAAUGAAGAGCUUCGCGAUCUGCUCGCCGUCGACGACAACAUCAAGUUGAAGCUGUACGAGGACAACAGCAAAAAGGGACAUUCUGCAACUGUGGUCCAGGGAAUGGAAGAGUCACACAUCAGCAAUGCAUCCAAGGGAAUCAAACUGCUCCGCGAGGGUAGCCACAAGAGACAAGUCGCCGCGACCAAGUUCUACUUGAAGCGCGCAACUGAGACCGGAGAGGACUUCGUGAGCGCAGGAAAGCUGAACCUGGUCGACUUGGCUGGCAGUGAAAACAUCCAGCGCAGUGGAGCAGAGAACAAGCGUGCAGCUGAGGCCGGCUUGAUCAACAAGAGUUUGCUUACUUUGGGACGUGUCAUUAACGCUUUGGUUGAGAAGAGCUCUCACAUUCCUUACCGCGAGUCCAAGUUGACUCGACUGCUGCAAGAUUCCUUGGGUGGACGUACGAAAACAUGCAUCAUUGCUACGCUGUCUCCGGCAAAGAGCAACCUUGAGGAGACCAUUUCUACACUGGACUACGCUUUUCGCGCCAAGAACAUCCGAAACAAGCCUCAGGUCAACCAGAUGGUUUCUAAGAAGACUUUAUUCAAGGAAUUCACCACGGAGAUCGAGAAGCUGAAAAUGGAACUCAUUGCCACCAGACAACGGAACGGUGUUUACCUUGCCCAGGAAACAUACGAGGAGCUUACGACCGAGAGUGAAUCCAGGAGGAUCCUCGUCCAAGAGCAGAAGGAUAGGAUUGAGACCAUGGAAACAAAUCUCCGGAACAAGGUCCAAGAGCUGUUCAAUCUUACUAACAAUCUUGCCUCGCUCAAAAAAGACAACGAGGCGACCAAAUCCAUUCUGGACGGCACAAAGAGCAUCUUGGAGAAGACUGAAGUGGUUUUGGAGCACACCAGACAGAACCUGUCUGAGGAGGCUGCUUUGAGAAAGGCUCACGCAAAGACCGAGGAGGAGCUUGCCAACAUUGGUCAAGAUCUCAUUUCGACCCUUGGCAAGACCACCUCUGACAUUGGUGGUCUGCACUCUAAGCUCCGCCGUAGAUCUGAUCUCCACGCCGCCAACCGACAGCAAUGGGGCUCCUCCCAGGCUCAGGUUGCGAGCACCACGAACAUGGUUGACGAGCGCAUUUCCGGCUUCCAAUCACAUCAACAGGAGCUGAUGGCUGGUCUUGCUCUGCGGAUGCAGGGCUUUGUGCAAGAUGAGUUAGAGAAGCUCGGGUCAGAAAAGGAGGUUAAUGAGCAGACGGCCAAGUCCAAGGAAGACUUGAAUGAAGUGUUGGAGGAGAUCAAACUUCUCCGCGAGGACGUCAAACAGAAGGUCGGCGCUGAGCUCGAGGCUUUCCACACCCAACUUCAUUCGUCUUACGCAGCUCUGGGCCGAGACUUCAAGAGCACCUUUGACGACCUCAUCAAACAGUUGAACGAGCAACACACGGAGGUUGACACUCUCCGGAAGCAGAUGUCUGAAGCCAACUUUGAGAUCCUCGCAGCUAACAAAGCUGCUCAUGCGAGCGUAGUCUCUGUUGUUGAAGAGGAGAAGCAAAAGGCUGUUGCUGAGCGUGAAGAGCUUCUGGCUCAGAUGGCUGCCCUGAUGAAGUCGACUGCGGCUGCUCAGGAGCAGCGCCUGGCCAAGCGUAUCGCCAACGUUGAGAGCUACAACAAGAACAUGGAUGGAUGGGUCAACAGGGCGUCCGACUUGGUCACUGGGGUUGUCAAGUCUCGCGAGAACGUCAAGACCAAGAUCAAGGCCGACUUUGCCAGUGCAAAUGAGCACACUGAUUCCCUUCGUCAAACCACCGCUUCGGUGCAUGACUCAACGGUCAAGAUUGUCAACAGCCAGAUGGAGAACAUGGAUUCCCAACUCCACUCACUCGAUGACAUUGCUUCUUAUAUCAACAUUGGCGAGCACUUCAACACGUCUUUCUCUCGCAUCCAGGAUGUCAGCUCGGACAUGGAGGCUAAGACAGCAACUCUACAAGCUACUCUGCCUCUGCUGGCUGAAGAUGGAGAAAUCCGUGGCCCACUCAGAGCUCUUCGCGAGGAUAUCGAGCAACAAAGUCUGCAAGACUACGCACCCACCGGCGAGACUCCGCAAGACUCUUUCCUCGCCAAGCUCCGGGGCAAAGCUCCCUCCAGCCGCUCUACCACCGCAUCUCCCCAAAAGAGUCCGACGAAGCGCAUGGUCUUCACCGACGCCGCCCCGCCCGCAGACGAGGAGCAUACCACCACUUCUCUUCCCGCACCCUCCGCUCGUCCUACAAGCGCUGCAAGCGAUACCAGCAUCACCGGCGGCCUCCGCGAACUCGAUCCCAACACCAUCAACCCGUCUGCAGCGGCAGAAUCGGCAUCUGCCCCACCCACUGUCGCACUCACAAUCGGCUCCCCGACUCUUGCGCCGGUCGCGCCGACACUCAAGCGCCAGUUCUCCGACAAGACGGAAAGCAAGCUGCCGAUGAAGAAGAAGCAGACUCGCAUGACCGUUGCUGGCGCCCAGGGUGUUGCUGAUAGGGAGAAUCUACCGCAGGGUCAGGACUUCAGCAAGAGUGUUGGCAUUCCUGGCAGCGGGAGGAAGCUGAGGAGUCAGGGCGGUACUGCCGCGUAA